AUGUGUAAACAAUGUAUUAAUAUAAUGGGUGGUCAAAAAGCAUGUCCACAAGAUCAAGUUUCAUUUGGAAAUACACCAAUUGAUCAAUUACCAACAAAUUAUCCAUUAUUAAUGAUGAUUUAUCGUCCAUCAGAAUUACCUAAAGAUCAUAAACAACGUCAUUAUCAAUGUCGAUCUUAUAUAGAACUUGAUGAUGAAAAAAAAUCAUAUUUCAAUGAUCUUGAAAAAGGUUUUGGUGACAUAUCAGUUAUAAUUAUGCAAAUGAUUAAUAAUAAAAAUUAUCAAUCAAUAUUCAGUCGUUCAACGAUACGAAAAUUAUUUAGUGUAUUACAUAGUCAAUAUAUUACUAAUGAAGGUUGUAUCAAAUUUCUUCAAGUAGCAAGUAAUCUUGGUGAAUAUAUAAGUAUUGAUUUUAUUCUUCAUUAUCAAAAUCAUCAAGAAUUAAAAAAUAAUCUUGAAUCAGCUCUUGGUUUACAACAAGGUCAAUUUCCUGAACCAGCAAUACAAGAAAAGAUAUUAAAAUUCAUUAUUCUAUUAAUUAGAUGUAGUGGAAUAUCAUCGGAACAACAUCUUAUGUAUUCUAUUUUACAAUUAGUAGAACGAAAAGAUCAAAUAACCAUUCAACCAAGUGUUGAAUAUAUUGUACGUUUACUUUUUGGUGUACAUUGCUUUGAAAUAGAACCAAUUGGAGAAUUUUCAUCGAUACAACUUAAACCAACAUUUCGAAAUUAUGAAAGUCUUCGUCUUGUAUAUGGCACAGUUGACGUGAGACACAUGACACAUUUGACAUGA